UCCUUGCUUUUAUUCUUUUGUUUCCAGAUCGUGACUGAAGAUAGGGAGCAGUGUGGGGAUGUUGAUAUGGCCAUGGCAGCUUGAGCUGAUCGCCACAGAUCAUGAUGGAGAAGGUGUGACAGAGCUUGGGCACAGAUAGGUUUGCAUCGAGGAGCAUGUAUAUAGUGUAAUUCUGGGUGGAGUUCGUAGAGGAGCAUGCUCCGAAGACCAACUAUGACUGAUGAAAGCAUACACACAAGAGCUGUGUCUUGGACAGAGUGUGCAGGAACAAACUCCUCUAUAGAGAUCUCCAAAUUGAUUCAUAUCACUACACACCGGAGGCGACUAAGGCGAUGACUGAGGCAACCGAGCCGACGCCGCCGGAGCCACCGCCCGCGCCUCCGACCGCGGUGAUCGAGGAGCCAGCAGAGGAGCUGCACGAGCGGGCGCCUGCGUCCGCGGUGGCCGAGCCGCCACCUGUGAGGUCGCCCGUGCCCGCGGUGGCCGGAUCAGGGCAGCCAUCUGCGUCGUCGGAGGUAAAGCAAGGGUGAUGAUGGAUCAUGACAAAUACAUCCUCGCUGGCCGGUACCUCGACGGCGGCGAACACAUCUCCGAAGGUGCGCAGUUCAUGAUUGAUGAUUAUGAGGUUUUUGUUCUUAACCUGUUAUAGAUCCCGGAGAUUGAAGAGGACUGCAUCGAGGUGGUCGAUUUAUCGACCGAGUGGGACAAAGUGAAGACGGAGCCGAGGUUCGGAGGAAGAUUUUGGGUACUCGCCGAGGAGGAGGACGAAGACACAGAUGAGGAGGUUGCGGACGGGUGCUCCGCCCCGGUGCCGUCGGUGCCAUUGGCAUUGAAGCUGGCGGGGUCAGUUCCUCUUUCUCAUGCUCCGGUGAGUAAGCCGGCGUGGUGACGCGGCGCGUCCGGUCGAACGGCGGCCACGGCGAUCCGGCCUUGGAAUGGGCCACUUCCUAAGGUUAGUCUACCGAAACCGAUUCUGUCUGAUUUCUGUACGGAAGAUUCGUGGAAGGUCGGGACGAGGAAGAAGAAGGGUCGGGCGGUGUCGAGGAAGCCGCCGGCGGUGCCGACGGUGGCCGAUCCAUCAAUAUAGAUCUGAGCGGAACGUGAUCGCCGUUUGAAUUCUAUUUUGGCCAUCUUGGGCCUGCGGCUGAGUCGGCCGUCACCGACUGUGGCAUGUCUGGGUAUAUGGCCCAGCAUGAGUGCAGCGUCGAGCGGCGAUUCGGACCGGAUGUCCCUGGGUAUGAGGCCCAGGAAAUGCCAAUCGCAUCUACGGCUUACGUAGCCGCAUGCACUCCACCGGAUCGUCGUUCUCGUUCUUGUUCACCUCUGUUGCCUGCGCCUAGGGUUCGCCGUAGCUGCGCCGUUCCCAGGUUCCCGAGGUGUGGCCCUGGCCGUGCGCUCGUGUGCCUCCUUUCGAGGCUAUGGCGGGGCGUGGAGGGCGUCCUCCUGGAUCGAAGCCCCUGGCGGUGGCCGGGACCGCGUCGGGCGGGCGUGGUGGUGGAGUGCCGCCAGUUCUGAACCCGCCGGUGGCAUUUGGGACCGGGCCGGGCGCUGUGGGUCGUGGUGGUGGCACCCCGGGUCAACGAGCUCCGGCAGCCGCUGGGGCUGGGCUUGCGGCUUCGGGUCGCGGUGGUGGCGCCAUGGGACCUAGGCUGCCAGUUCCUGGGGCGGCUGUUCCGGCUCCCAUGCAUGCCGCGGCGGGGCGUGGCCAGGGUCCUAGGCCGACGCCGCCAGGGACGGCGGUGGUGCCACCUCGUAAGUAGAUGCCGGCGAUUGGGCAGCAGCACCGGGCUGCGCCGCCGCCCCACUUUGUUGCCCGACAGCCACAGCAUCGGCCUGGGCCGGUGCAGACGCGGGAUCCGCCGCCUCAACCUGAGCAUGUGGGCGAUGUAGGCGCUGGACACGCUCGAUUCCCGGUCAACCGUGGUGGUAACGGACCACCUCGGGGACAGUGGGGUGACGAUGGCUAUGACGUCUAUGGUGAGGGCCAACACUGCGGUUCCUCGUCGACCGGAGGCGGGCGUGGGUUUGCAUGGCAGAGUGAUGGCACUGCUGAGAGACCUUUUUAUGGUCCUCCGGGAGGUUUUGUUGAGGGGGCAUCUGGCCUAGACUACCGGCAGAGAGGUGGUUACCGAGGUCAUCGUGGUGGUCGCGGUGGUCGGAAUCGUUACCGCCAACCUCCAAUGCCUGUUGUUGUGGAGCCGACGGCGUCCUCGGAGGUGGGUGCUUCUGGAUUGACGCCGGAGUUGUCCGGCCAGGUUAUGGAAGCGGUGACGGCACUGGCUAACACUGACAUACCUGUGACUGAGCCUGCGCCCACAGGUGCUGUCAGUGCCGCCGACAAGUCUGAUGUGGAUAGAGCUUCCAAGUGGGCUCGUAAAAAGGAGAAGAUGUGCUACCGUUGUGGAGAGAGGGGCCACUUUAUUGCUGAGUGUGAAACUGAGUAAUGUGAUACCUGUCUCAAGCGAGCGCAUGACACGGGGGAGUGUCCGAUUCUGCGUGAUCAUAUGCCGAGUAUUACCAUCUAUGGAGUCUAUUGUGCUGAGCUGAUGUUUUUUGAGUCUCCUAGUGUGAGGGAGCUACCAGAGGAACCCCAAAGCACAACCACGGGGAUUGUCAAAGUCACGAAGGGUGAUGUGUCUGAGGCGCAGAUUAUACACAGGCUCAGUGAGUUGGCUCCAGGCAUUUUCCAGUGGGAGCUUACUCGUCUCGAGGCCAACACGUAUAAGGUCGAUUUCCCUACAACAGAGGACUUGGAGCAUCUUCUAAGCUUUGGGUUGUGCAGAGUUCCUGGUACUGAGUGCAUCCUCGAGUUCCAUGAGUGGAGAGAGUUGAGCUGCAGGGCAAGCCCCUCACUCAGGUCUGAAUGCACUUCUCAGGGGCUCCAUCCAAGCCGCUUCAGGAUGCUAGGGUUGCGGCUAGCUUGGGGAUUCUGGUCGGUAAAACCGAGAAGGUGGACAUGGCCUUCACCCGGCAAACCGGGUGGCCCGACUGCUGGUGAGUGUCCUCGACAUCGAAUUCGUGCCUGACGUGGUUAAGUGGACUUAUCGGGGCCAGGUUUUUAACCUUGAAAUUGAGUUUGAGGAUACAGAUCUUUUUGCUGAGGCCUUGGCAGGGACGGAUGUGGAUAUGCAUGAUAGGAAUGAUGGAUCGGGUAACACGGAAGCGCGAGGGUAUGAUGUUGGGCAUGGGUCGUCCAACGGCCCGAGUUCCACCUCACAGACGCCCGGGACUAGGGCUGCUUCUUCAGCUACAGUGCCAAUGAGCACUCUGAGAUUCAGUUCGUUUGAGCCAGCUUCUGCUCCUCCUAGGCUAUGGAGCGAUCGAGUGGAGUCUGAUAAUGUGUUAGAGUGCACGCUCCCUCCUUUACAUUUUGCAGCGGCUGAUGGCUCUAUUGAUGGGUGCAUGGAGACAUCCGCUACUCUGAUGCUUUCGGUCGAGGGGGGGAGGAUCGUGGGCAGGUGGCCCCUUGCUUCCCCUCUCCUUCUGUUAUCUCGCCAUAGAUGAGGACUACGGCGGAGGUACUGGUGUUGCCGAUCGGCGACGUGACCGUCUUGGGAGGGGGACUCGGGCAGGAGGCCUUGGCUCCCUCCUCUCCUGCGAUGGUCGGGCGAGGGAGACGGCUGGAGGCCUCGGCUCCCCCCUCUCCUGUGGAGGUCGGGCCGGCAGUGCUUGCGAUGGCCGUUGCUCCCGAGGGCCGGCUAUCACCUGCACAGACGCCGGGGCUGCUCCAGAUGACACUAACCAAGGUGGUCGCGUCUCCCACCUGUUUGCAGGCCGGGUCUGGUGGGGAGUGGGGGCAGGCGGCCCCCGCACUCACGCCGCCUCGCUCGCCUUUGGGCGGGCCGACGUCAGUGCUCGCCGCGUCAGGUGGGGAGCGUGGGCAGGUGGCCCAGCGCUCUCCUCCCCCACGCUCGCCGGGGCCGGUGCCUGCGGAUCUUGGCGCCUCUCUGGGUGAUGUAGCCUGGCCGCGCGUUGGGGGUGGGGCUUGUGGCCUUAUCCCUAACAUGGCCACUCGGGAGGAGGUCAUCGCUUUUGGAGGCAUCUCGGAUCCUGUUACUGAGGGGCGGCGGAUGAGCUGCCGUCUCCAGGACCAGCCGGAUGUUGAUGACAUGCAGGUGAGGUGCGCCAAGCGGGCGGCCAAGCUUCAUGACAUUGAGGUCACUACUGGUUAUCUUCCGAGCCACUGCGCUGAUCCGUAUGUGGUCGCUACUCACUCCGACGGAGGCCAGGGAGCGUUUGGUUACUGGAUCUAUCCGAUGGGAGAUGGUAGCACGGGUUAUUUUCAACUGGUUUGGAUGGCGGUCAUGUAAUAGGAUAGGCAAUUAGUUUUCCUAUCUUUAUCUUGCUAGCCGGUUGUGGCUCUAUCUUUUUGUUUUUUAGCUCUUUGUGAGCACAUUUUGUUCUUCUUUGUUUGAGACUUUGAGACCUCUGUCGAACUUUUUGCUUGGUAAUAAAGGUGGCCGUAUGCAUCGCUCUGAUACAGAGGCCGGGGAU